GUAACUACCAGAAAAAGCGAGGCAAUUUGUGCGCCAAAUAUGUGAGCAAAUUAUUGUGAAUGAAACCUAUUCAGCAUAACUGCUUUGUCACAAAGAAUUAAUGUAGUUUAAACAAAGUGUAAACGUUAAUAGUGGUGUAAAUACUGUGUGUGUGUUUUGCAUUCAGUGAUAUUCCUAACCUACAAACACCCACUACAGAUCCAUCAAAGAAUCAAGUACUGUGCCGGCAGGAAGCGAUCGUGUGAGGCCGUGGACCCGAAAAUUUCACAGAAUGAUAAUUAUACUACCAACAUUACGUGACUUCUUUACCAUGCACCCCACGAACGGGACCACGCAAACAAAAAUGACGCUGCUUCAUCACGCAAGGAAAGUUGAUUAGAAGAAUUCAAAUUCUGUAUUUCACCGUCACAAUGAGCAGCCAUCAUCACCUUGGUCCUAAUGCACCUACAGGCGAAGUAGAACACAUUAACUAUUUGUCGGAACAUAUUGGUGCCCUGUUUCUGAAUGAUGAAUACAGCGACGUGAUUCUUACUGUAGAUGGACAACGUUUCCAUGGCCACAAAGUCAUAUUGGCAGCUCGUAGUGAAUACUUCAGGGCUCUGCUGUAUGGAGGCAUGAGAGAAUCUCAGCAGUCAGAAAUUGAAUUGAAAGGAACAUCAUUAGGAGCCUUCAAAGGAUUGCUGAAAUAUAUUUAUACAGGACAUAUGUCACUUGCAAAUCAAAAGGAAGAUGUUAUCUUAGAUAUCUUAGGUCUGGCUCACCAGUACGGAUUUGUGGAUUUGGAAGCUUCCAUCUCAGACUACCUGCGAGAAAUUCUUCAGAUUCGCAAUGUGUGCAUCAUCUUUGAUGCCUCCCGACUUUACCAACUUCAGUUCCUUACUCGAGUCUGCUCUUCCUUUAUGGAUCGGCAUGCUUCGGACAUCAUUCAUCACGAAACAUUUUUGCAACUAUCUGCUAGUGCCGUUAAAGAAUUAAUUCUCCGUGACUCUUUCUAUGCACCUGAGGUGGAAAUCUUUCGUGCUGUCUGUGAAUGGGUUCAAGCCAAUCCAGAUGAAGAUGCAAAUGACAUUUUGAGUGUUGUUCGACUCCCACUUAUGUCAUUGUCGGAGUUGCUUGGAGUUGUGAGACCAGCUGGUUUGGUCAGUCCUGAUACGAUAUUAGAUGCUAUCCAAGCAAGGACGCAGGCACGAGAUUCUGAUCUUAACUACAGAGGAUGUUUGAUGCCAGAUAAGAAUGUGGCACAUCCAAGACAUGGAACCCAGGUGUUGCAAGGUGAGAUGCGGUCAGCUCUGCUGGACGGAGACAGCCACAAUUAUGACAUGGAGCGAGGCUACACCAGACACACGAUCAACGAGUCGGGGGACCAUGGCAUUUUGAUCAAGUUAGGAAUGCAAGCCAUUAUCAAUCACAUCAAAAUGUUACUAUGGGAUAGGGAUCUGAGAUCCUACUCAUAUUACAUUGAAGUCUCAGUGGACCAAAAGGAUUGGGUUCGUGUAAUUGAGCAUACCCGUUUUUACUGUCGCUCUUGGCAGUACUUGUAUUUUGAGCCUCGUGUCGUCCGAUACAUUCGCAUCGUUGGAACGAAUAACACUGUGAACAAGGUGUUUCAUGUUGUGUCCUUUGAAGCCAUGUUUACACACAACAGUGUUGAACUUCAGAAUGGUCUUGUUGUACCAAAGGAAAAUGUGGCUACCAUCAGUAAGAGUGCAUUUGUGAUUGAAGGGGUGAGUCGCAGUCGAAAUAUGUUGUUAAAUGGAGAAACGAAAAACUAUGAUUGGGAUUCAGGAUACACAUGCCAUCAGCUGGGCAGUGGAGCCAUUUUGGUCCAGCUAGGACAGCCUUACAUGAUUGGUUCCAUAAGAUUGCUGCUGUGGGAUUGCGAUGAUCGCAGUUACAGCUACUUUGUAGAGGUCUCUGUCAACAUGUGGGAGUGGGAACUGGUGGUCGAUAAAACGCACGAAAUCUGCAGAUCUUGGCAGACGUUGAAGUUUGAACCAAGGCCAGUUGUCUUUAUUCGCAUUGUGGGAACGCACAACACAGCGAAUGAGGUUUUCCACUGUGUUCACUUUGAGUGUCCGGCACAGUCAGAAGAAACAAGCGUAAUUGUGGCAGCACCAGUUCAGGAUGGUUCUGGUGAUGUAUCGCACUCUAAAACCAUCGUUCUCUCCAACUCUCCAGGUAUUAGUCACGCCGCGGAGAUAAGAGAGGAAAUUAAAACGGCAGAGGACGAAGCCGACGGAAACGAACAUCGUGAAGAAAACCAGUUGACAAUUCAAGAACAGGACAAAUCUGAAGACGCUGCUGUUCCUCAACCCUGAUUGCUAAAAAAAACAGUAACAGCCACUCCGUCUGUGAUCACUCUUCCAUAUUAUUUUGUGAAGAGCCAUGGACAUUCCUGUGUCCUCUUAGGUUGUGUUUCGUUCAACAGCUGGUUCACUAAAUAUUGUUCAUCCUGUAUUUUUUCGCCUUUCUGUUUUGGAUAAAUUUUGUGAGAAUAAAUAUUUUUGUUGCUGAAAAGUUA